AUGCAUUCAUUUAUCUUGCGCCCGGGCCCUGUUGCUCUGGCUAUCGCCGCGAUCACUCUUGGAAAUGUUGUCGCUGCCGACUUUGAUCCCCUCACUUACGUCGAUCAACUGAUCGGAAGCAGCAAUGGAGGAAACGUAUUUCCGGGUGCCUCGCUUCCUUACGGCAUGGCGAAAGCCGUUGCCGACACCACCAGCGGAAGCAACCAAGGCGGCUUCACCCUUGACGGAAGUCCUAUUUCCGGCUUCAGCGCGAUGCACGACUCGGGAACGGGAGGAUCGCCUUCUCUCGGGAAUUUCCCGCUCUUCCCGUACCCGAGUUGCCCGAAUGAUGAUAUUGAUCGAUGCGAGUUUCCCAAGAUAACUCGAGCUGCCGAUCAUGGGUCAUUCACCGAUAGCAGUGUUGUGGCGCGCCCGGGAUAUUUCGAGGUCACCCUGAACUCCGGCGUCAAUGUUGCGAUGACGACCACUUUACACGCCGCAUUGUUCCGGUUCAACUUCACGGGAACGGGUGCUAAUGGCUCCUACCCUCUCAUCUUACAGGACCUAACGGAUCUCUCGGACUCGCGUCAAGAUAACGCCACCGUUGCUAUUGAUGCUGAAACUGGGAGGAUCACAGGCAGUGGCCGUUUCCAAUCCAGUUUUUCUCAAGGACAAUAUGUACUUUAUUUCUGCACCGAUUUUUCGGGCCCUCAAAUCCAUGAUACUGGCAUCUUCGUAAAUAGUAGGGCUAGUGCGGAUGUCAAGAACUUGACCAUUUCACGGUCAAUCAAUGGAUACCCUCUUCCCGGAGGAGCCUUCAUUCGAUUUGAAACCGCAGAUCCGGUGCUUGCUAGGGUCGGCUUGAGCUUCAUAAGUUCUGAGCAAGCAUGUUCUAACGCCGAAUCCGAAAUUCCGGAUUAUGACUUCGAUGGGAUUGAACAGGCUGCUUCUGAUGCCUGGAAGGAGAAGCUCAGUCCCAUUACUAUUACUCAAGGCGGAGUAGAUGAUGAUUACGUUACGAACUUCUAUUCGGGCAUUUACAGAACAAUGGUGAACCCCCAGAACUACACUGGAGAGAAUCCGUUUUUCGACAAUGGCGAGCCGUACUUCGAUUCAUUCUACUGUCUCUGGGACAGCUUUCGAAGUCAGAUCCCAUUUUUAAUCCUAACCGACCCGGAUGCUGUAGCAGAAAUGAUACGUUCCCUAAUAGACACGUACAAAUACGAAGGAUGGCUUCCCGACUGCCGCAUGACCUUUAGCAAAGGUUACACGCAGGGAGGCUCGAAUGCAGACAUAGUUCUAGCAGAUGGAUUUCUGAAAGGUAUCACAGACGGUAUUGAUUGGGAUGUGGGUUAUGAAGCUGUCGUGAAAGACGCUGAAGAAGAACCCUUCGACUGGUCAAGUGAAGGACGUGGUGGUUUGGACAGCUGGAAAGCUCUAGGCUACAUUCCCGUCCAGGACUUCGACUACGUCGGCUUCGGAACUAUGACUCGAAGCAUCUCACGUACUCUCGAAUACAGCUAUAACGAUUAUGUGAUAAGUCUGUUCAGUCAAGCACGGGGUAACAGUGCCGACACUGCGAAAUACCUCCAGUCAAGCGAAAACUGGAGGAGUUUGUACAAGUCGGAUCAGACGUCAUAUUUCGCCAGUGGCCAGAAUACUGGCUACGUUGGGUUCUUCCAGCCCAAGUACCUAAAUGAGACCUGGGGCUCCCAAGAUCCUCUGUUGUGCAGCAACAUUGAUACUUCUGGCACCGCCUGUAGUCUUCAAAACACGGCCCAUGAAACGUUCGAAUCGAGUAUUUGGGAAUACGGAUUUUUCGUACCACACAACCAGGGAGACUUGAUCACCCUCUACGGUGGCCCUGACCAAUUCGUUAGUCGACUCGACUUCUUACAUGAUAACAAUAUCACCUAUAUUGGAAAUGAACCCGCGUUCCUCACGGUAUUCCAAUAUCAUUAUGCCGGCCGACCGGCUCUCUCGGCAAAGCGCGCACACUUCUACAUUCCCCGAUACUUCGCCACGACCCCCGACGGCCUUCCUGGAAACGACGAUAGCGGUGCGAUGGGAUCAUUCGUCGCGUUCUCAAUGAUGGGUCUAUUCCCCAACCCUGGCCAGGACGUCUAUCUGAUUAUCCCCCCGUUCUUCGAGGGCGUAAACAUCACGAACCCGCUGACCGGUAAAACUGCUUCCAUUCGCAAUGUCAACUUCGAUCCCACAUACAGUGCCAUCUAUAUUCAGAGUGCAACGCUGAACGGUGAGCCGUACACGAAGAACUGGGUCGAUCACAGCUUUUUCACUGAAGGCAAGGAGCUUGUUCUUACUCUAGGUAGAAAUGAAAGUUCAUGGGGUACUGCCGUCGAGGACCUACCACCGAGCGUGGGCGAGUAUACGGGCUUUAAUGAGACGUCUUCCAAGAGGAGGCUGCGUAGUGUUCCAAGGUCGAGGUAUUCUCCAAAUUUCGGGCAAGGGCUUGGACUUAAUUAGGAGAGACCCGAGAUAUGGCAUGCCUAGAAGCCGGCACUGUAUAAAUACAAGACUGCAGAAUAAUAAUAAUCAAGCUACCCACUUAUUAAUACAAGAAUAUAAAAUUUGGUUGCAGUGCAGCUCACUUU